UAGUACGCGAUUUGGAAAGAGUCACGAACGACAACAACAAAUGAAAACCUUUGGUUUUUAAAGGGUUGUCAGCGUGCAUCCUUGUUGGGGACGAGAAGUGCAUAUCAUAUUAACAGAGAAGCGGUAUGACGAUGGGUGUAAGUGUAGGGAAAGGAUUUAAGAGAUAGUUUUUUCGAAUGAGCCGAAAAGAAUUUCGGGCGAGUUUUCUUCAUGAGAUGUGUAAAGUUAAAAAAGGAUCUUUUUUGUGAAAAAGUUCGGUGUUGAAUUGUACCGGCAGUAUUAAAAUAACUUUGUGGUUUAAUUGAUACUGGUGUAAAUUUACUAAUUAUGAGUGACCGUAGCAGGAAUUUAUUUACGUACGAGACACUUGUCCAUGCUAUGGCAGGAGCAGCUGGCAGCGUUGUUGCGAUGGGGACAUUUUAUCCAUUGGACACAGUGAGAGCGAGGUUACAGUUGGAGGACACACGAGAAGCAAAGAAUACACUUUCUGUAUUGCGUGAAUUGGUAGCAGAAGAAGGCUUCUGUACGUUGUAUCGUGGCAUGGUUCCUGUCUUGGAGAGCCUGUGUGCCUCAAAUUUUGUGUAUUUUUACACAUUCCAUGGCCUUAAGGGAACAAAAGUUCAUCCUGUACAGCACAGUGCAGUGAGAGACUUGCUUCUUGGAUCCGUAGCUGGUGUUGUUAAUGUUCUUCUGACAACUCCAUUAUGGGUUGUUAACACACGACUGAAAAUGAAAGGUGUACAGCCAAAGAAGUCACAUGAAAGUAACGGUGUUGAAUACACUGGCCUCAUUGAUGGCCUCAUGAGAGUAGCUCGCAAUGAAGGUGUGGGGUCGUUAUGGAGUGGUGCUCUGCCUUCAUUAUUACUUGUUGUGAACCCUGCUCUUCAGUUUAUGGUGUACGAGUCAUUGAAAAGGCACAUGAGAGCCGUGUACGGACCAACAGAAACAAGUGGUUGGGUCUAUUUUCUUAUGGGAGCAGUGGCAAAAGCUGUUGCUACAAUAUUGACUUACCCUCUUCAGAUUGUGCAGACGAAACUUAGGCAUGGGCACAAUUUCAAAGAUUUGACUUCUGAUGCUGGGAUGAUUGAAAUGACUUUAUACUUACUCAGGAAACAUGGGGUUGGUGGACUCUUCAAGGGAAUGGAAUCUAAACUGCUUCAGACUGUUUUAACUGCUGCACUUAUGUUUGCAACAUAUGAGAAGAUUGCAGCAUUUGUCUUCAAGUUGAUGUUAAGUCAUCAACAAACAGUAAUUAAGAGAAAUCAUUAGGAAAAUGGUUUAUAAAGAGUAGAAUUCGGUGUAGAUACUAGUCUGUCUUACCUAAGAAUACCAAAGGCCAGUAAUCUUUAGAAUGAAUAACACUCAAAGAGUAGGCAUUUCAUGUAAGACAUCCUCUUGUAUGUAUGACAGUGCUAAGCAGUCUUUAUUUCUUUUGGUGGUGUAUGAGUGUAGUGAUCAGAAAAGUAUUUGUGACACUUGCUAAUGAAAUUGUAAUGAUUUAUAUUUCUUAUAGAUAAUAUUGUGAUCAUUGAAAGUUGCAGUAUUUCCAUGACAUUAGCUCUCUUAUUGUUCGUGUCAUACUGUGUUUUUGUCUGUCUUUUCACUGCACACUCUUACUGUAUGUCAUACAAUACUCUUGCCUAUCUGUUCACUGGAGGAUUUUGUAUUGGUUAUAUUAAUUUUUUAUAUGAAUUUCCUUUUUACCUCUGUCAUUAAGAGAAAUCAAAGAAAGUAGAACGUCCUCUUCUGUCGAAAAUUAAGUAUUAUUCUCACAAGUACAACCCAGUAGCAUAGACAUGAGAUCAUUUUCAAGAAGUGUGUUACAAAGAACAAGAAAAUGUCAGAGAUAAAGUUAUAAAAAUGAUUAACAUGAAAUUAAUUUCUCAGUAAUGACAAAUACUAAGAUUAACCUCGUUAGUGUUCUCCAUGUCUGUGUUGGCCAAAUCAGACUAGGGGAGUUUCAUUUCCCAUUCUACACUGCAGUGCAGAAUAUUGCUGUUGAUUUUGUUAGAAUAAUACAUGCAUUCCCUACACAUGAAAUGGAGGUAAAAAUCCAAAAUGUCAAAUGUUCAUUCACUUACUUGCAGAAAAAAACUAAUGUGGUAGACGGAGAGCUUGGAGCUAUGUAGUUAACAAGGAAGGCUUCAAAGAUCUGAAGGGACUUGCUGGUGCCAUAAGUAGAAUAUUUGUGGUGGGGAACAGAGUGUGAGGUGAAGCCUGUGUAAUUCAGCAUUUUGUUAUUUCCAGUGACACUUGAAGCUCACACAAACCAUAUAAUUAACCAUUCAACAUGCCCUGCAUCAUACAUUUUAAUGCCUGCCAAAGUUUCAUCUCUGUAUAAUCAUUCCAUAAUAGAUGAAAGGUUGGUAUUUGUGUCUCUAUUACAGAUAUAUAAUCUAUUUUUAGCAUAAAAGUGUACUAAUGUACAUUCAGAACCACUCAUUCUUAAAAAGCCACAUUAUAUAUAGCAAUGCUUCCUCCUUACAGCAGAUGAAGAUUGCUCUCUAAAAAAAUUCCCAUUCCCACUGUUAUUUCAGAUGCUUUAUGUGAUCAAAACCACCUUGGUUUUUACUCCUCAAAUUGAAUGUGUAAUCUAUUACUGAAAAAGAAAAGUGACUGUGAGUCAUUGAAGUACUGGCUGUCUGUCUUACAGCUUAUUGCUCCAGAUUUAGCACUGCCCUUUGUGGUGAUUUGUGGGUACUCCUAUUUUUAUGUGGAAAUUUAAGAAAUAUUGUUACUACUCGAUUGGCGACUUAUUACAUGAAUAUUCUCUGGUGGUCUCAGGGAAACAAAAUGGAAAUUCAACACAACAUUAUACAGAAGAGCACAAAAGUCAUUUCAUAUAUGACAAAGUAGGAAAUAGUUUAACAUUUUUAAGCCUAUAGUUAUUUCUUCUCAUCAGUAUGCACACCUUCGGAAUCAGUCUGAAAUUCCAAAAGUAAUUCUCAGUGUUACGUAAAAAUUAUUUCCUUCCUUAUUUUAUCAAUGAGAGGCAACUCUUGUGCCACUCAGUCUAAGCUUAUUUUAGCCCAAGAACUGUAUUGAAAGACAACUAAGUAUGUCACUAUGAUUCAUCACAUUAGUAUAACUCUUAUAUUGAACAUAUGUUAGUUUCACAAGGUCUUAUUAGUUUCCAUAUUUCGAAACUGGAACAUUGUGAAACCAGAUGAAUAUUUUAAUCUUUUUGUGUCAUGGUACAUAUUAAAUAGGGAAUAUGACAGCUCUCUGUGUUUAGUAUUGACACUGAAUCAAAAAUAAUGAAUAUGUAAGACAAUACUGCUUUUAGUAGAUUAAGUUUUUUAUAUUUCCUUAUAUUACAGUGAUGAAAGAAGCUACUGUUUAAUGUCAGCUAAAUAGAGGGUGGACUGUAUCUUGUGUAACUUAAAACUAUCCCUGUAAAAGCAUUAUUGUAUUUAUUGAACCUUUGCAGACAUCCAUUUAUUUUGUCUCUGUUCAAUUAGGAGACUAUAAAACUGUGAUUGUGUUGCCAUUGAGCAUAUUUCUGUGAUUUUUACUUUGCUUUAAUUUACUGUAAUUAAAAAUAUUUGUGAAUAAUGUUUCAUGUAAUAAUUAUCUCACCAUAUCACACUACAGCUGCAGAUAAAACAGCAGCUGACACUCUGCCAUGUAUAAAUAUUUUUUUGUACAGAUAAAUUUGUUCAUUAAAAUAUUUGUUCCUUGAAACCAA